AUGUUAGCGGGAAAUUUGAUGCCACGACCUCCAGCAGUUCUAGCGUCCACCAUCGCGGUAACUUACAUCGGCGUUGGCAAGCUCCCCAAAAACUGGCUCCUAUCCACUUUCCGCGUUCGCCGACAAGUCGUUCACGAAGCUCUUCGAUGGCUCAAACGGAAUAACCCCAAGUACUACGGACAUAUUGAGAUCGAUAACGAGCGCUUAGCAGCAUUACCUGAAGAUGAUGUUCCUCUGGAGAUAUCUUCCCUCUUGCGUCAGAGUGAUGAUGUCGCAGCCGUUGUGCAGGAGAGCGACACGUACGUUCGUGAGCAUCACGUCGAUGAACAAGCAGAAACGUUAGAAGCACACGAGUUGGAUGGAUGGAGAGACGACGGCGCAGGACGCUCAGACGAUGAAGACGAUGAUGGAGGCCCGGAUGUUAUACCGUUGACGGUUACUGGCACAAUCGACACAGACUUGUCUUCUAUGUCCACAAACGAAAUGAUGCAGUGGGGACUAUCGAAUAUGUGGAACUCAGGACAAGAAGGUGUUUAUGCGGUGCGACACGGAUCGAAGCCCGUCAGUGACUUUGGGCGUCCACCCCGGGACGGCGGCCCAGAACCGGCCGACCCCAACCGACCCAACUUCUUCGAGCGCGCUUUUCCCUGCCUGUUCCCAUAUGGUGUAGGGGGUUUGGAAGCUGAUCGGCCCGUCGAUGUCACAUUCGCUGAACACGUUAAGUGGUCUCUCCAAUACCAUGACCGGCGUUUCCGCCGUCACGAAACAUACCCUUUCGUCGCUUUUGGCAUCUCACAACGCCGCCAAGCUCUGCUUUCAGCUCGCUUACAAAUGCGGCGGAAAGAUUUUGACAAGGAUGCUCGCAUACUGAGCACAAUUACUGCUGAAGCUCUGGAAAAGUCGCGGCAAGAAGAACAACAGAAGCUACCAAUUUCAAAUCCCGCUGUGCGAUUGCUCCGCCGACAUAUUCAUACCGCUGUUGGUCGCGUUCAAGGGUCGAACGAAUCACGCACCGUGUUGCGCAGUCAAGUCUGGUCCACUACACUCUACACAGGACCGUGGAAUCUAUGGAUCACGAUCAACCCGUCGGACAUUCACGAUCCAAUCGCCCAAGUCUUUGCUGGCGAGCGCGUAAACCUUGACGAAUUCGUAUCAACAGCUGGACCCGACAGUGAUCAACGCGGGCGCAAUAUUGCUGCAGAUCCCUACGCGGCAGCCAAAUUCUUCCACUUUACCAUAAGAACAAUCCUCGAGACUCUCCUUGGUGUCCGCGUCUCCGGCUCACAAGUACACAGUGAGAUGGGUGUUCUGGGGGAAGUCGCCGCGUAUUUCGGCAUGGUCGAGGGUCAAAACCGGGCCGCCCUGCAUUUCCACCUCAUUGCUGCGCUCAGAAACGCGCCAAACGCCGACGAGAUGCAAGAUCUUCUACAGUCAGCGGCCUUUCGGGAAAAAAUUGCAGCCUACAUCAAAGAGAACAUGCGGGCCUAUGUCGCUGGCCUGGAGAGCGAAGACGCUGUGAAGCAAAUACCCGUUGAGAAGGAUAUCGCAUACAACCGGCCUCCCAAUCCUGAUUCAGAUGAUUACACUGCACAACUCGCCGCGUUCGAGAGACGGCUUGCUCGCACUGAACAAGUGCAUACGUGCGACAUUCGGCGUUGUCUGGUAGUGACGAAGUCCGGUCGAUUGCGAUGCAAACGUCGAGCACCAUUCGCUUGUUCUGAUCAUGACUUCAUUCAUAGCGACGGUAACUGGGGUCCCAAGCGACUGUACGCCUUCAUGAAUGGUUGGAACCCCGCCAUCCUCGUCAAUGCCCGGUGCAACAACGACAUCAAACUUCUUACGCAUGGCGAAGAUACAAAGAAGGUCACGCUAUAUAUCGUCGGAUACGCGACGAAACCGCAGCUGCGACACCAAAAUAUCUCCGCUAUCUUGGCGAAAGGAUACGCAUACCACCUAGCGCGUCAAAACGAAGCCGAGGGCGAAAAAGUGAGAGCGCUGCGUGAAACGCAGCAACUCCUGCUCUUCCGGCUCAUCCACGCCAUCAACCGCGAACAAGAACUCGGUGCCCCCAUGGUCAUAUCGUAUCUGAUGGGUUGGGGCGACAAUUACCACUCACAUCGCUAUGUGCCGAUAUAUUGGUCGUCCUUCGUGUCCGAACUGCUAUCAUCCGUUCCCGAUCUGCGUUCGAACCAGCAGCUUUCGGACGAGCAUGCAACGGUUCCACAUUCCGAGUCAUCCACGCAACCACCUGUUACCGGCGACCCAUCCGCUGAUGAUCAAGAUGCCGAGGACGCUGAGCAGGCCAACGUGACGUUGAAAGUGGACGGUCGCGGGCGACUCUACGUCAAGAAUCAAAUCUCUGAUUACAUCUUCCGCAGUGAAGAAUUAGAGUGCCAUAACGUGAUGGACUACUUUGUGAACACAUACGAAGUAGAAGUCAGCGUUCGUGACCAAGCGUUGCCAACUGCACCCGUGAAUGCUCAACGUGGACGGCCGAAAAGCACGCGCUUCCGUUACCUCCACGGUCAUCCAUCGCGUAACCAGAAACAGCGUGUUUUGCGAUCCGGCGGACACAAUACGCUUCCGAAUUUCAUUGGGCCAUGGUUUCCGCGGCGCGAUGACAAUGAGCGUCGAGAUUUCUACUGUGCAUCCAUGUUGAUGUUGCUCAAGCCCUGGCGUAAGCUCGAGGACGACCUGAAGACUAAUUCGCAGUCAUGGCAAGAAGCUUUUGCCGCUUUCUUGGAGAGUGCACCCGAGCGCACCUGUGACCUCCUCGCAAACAUCCAGUUCUACCACUCCUGCCAGUCAGCUGCACUGGCUUCUCAAGACGAUGAUCUGGAUGAUGAGGACGUGACGUACGAUCAACUUCCAACGAACGAGUCCAACUUCGAGUCUUUUGACGAAGAUGCCGACCAGGUAGCCAUCACGCAGAACAGGAUCAAAGCUCUCCUUGAGUCCCAGACGUCGAAUCGCGAGUCAGCGCACGGGCGCAUGGCCAUUGAAAUUGCGCGUCUAGUCAAACUGUUUGACGCGCAACCUGUCAAGCUUUGGCCAGUCGAUUCCCAUGAUGCAGAACGCACUCACGCAUUGCCUGCAACCGGAAACGAUCUAAGCAAUCUUAUCAAAUGGCGUAGAGAGCUUGAUCGCGUCGUGCAAGUGCAAAACGACAUGGGCGCCAGAGCAGAAGAUUCGGAAGAUGAAGAGCGCCCUGAAUCCGCCCAGGAGACAAACGAUGUUCUGCCGUCCGUCGAGAUGAUUGCCGACAACAUAGAAGCGCCAGAGGAACGCAAACGCAGGUCAUUCAAUGGGGACACCGCCAAUAACGACGUUGAUCCAUCGAAGGAGGAGGAAAUCGUGUUACAGCCAGAUCAGCAGCGUGCAUAUGACAUAAUCGUCUGGCACCUCAAGCACACGCUCGCUGGGCAUGGAAUGCCUCCCCUGCGCAUGCUUAUCCACGGUGAAGGCGGAACGGGCAAGUCAAAAGUGAUCACUAAAGCCACCCAAGCAUUUCGAAAUCGGGGCGUGUCGAGCUGGCUGAUAAAAGCGGCGUACACGGGAGUUGCCGCUUCACUCAUUGACGGCAAAACUACUCAUGUCAUUGGUGGCAUCUCGUUGAAAGCGAAGAAGAUGAGCGACGCCACAAGAUCGAAGCUUCAAGAUUUCUGGAAAACGCGACGAUACCUAAUCAUUGACGAAGUAUCUAUGCUCAGUAAAGAUUUUUUCGCCAUUCUUUCUCGAAACAUCGGGGUUGGGAAAUCGUCUAGCACGGACAAAUCUUUCGGUGGGAUCAACGUGAUUCUUUGCGGCGACUUUCACCAGUUCCCGCCUGUCGCCAAAUCGAUCAAUCAAGCGCUGUAUUAUCCUACAGGUGGUGCAUUGCAAGCGACAUCUAACGACGGGCGGUUCCGCACUGCUGGCAAGAUGAACGACACUGUGGACACGAAAAUCGGUCGUGUCGUGUAUGAAGAAUUCACGACCGUCGUGAUAUUGAAACAACAAAUGCGUGUGUCUGACCCUGUGUGGUUGGAUUUUCUGCGUCAUCUUCGGAUCGGCGAUGUGGAAGAAGAACAUCUGGCCAUGUUGCGAACCUUGGUGUUGAAUCCAAGCGAGAAGUUGGAUGAUGGAUGGUUGGCGGCCACACUGGUGACACCUCGGCAUGGCGUGCGAAUUCCAUGGAAUGAAGAAGCAACGCGUCGAAUGUGCGCCAAGAAUCGGACGCAGCUGUACGUGUGCCAAGCGGAGGACACCUACCGGGGCUCGGAGCUCAAUCUGGCAGAUCGUCUAGCGCUUGCCGAACAUCUGACAAAACAUAAACGCGGAGGGAACAGUGUGGAGAAAGAGUUGCCAUACACCAUCGAACUCGCGGUCGGCAUGGAACUGAUGGUGACAAGCAAUAUAGAGACCGAUUUGGACCUCACAAACGGAGCACGAGGAACAAUCGAGGAGAUUAUACUGGAUCCCGACGAACCUCCCAUCGGUCAGGAGGCGGUGGUACACUUGACACGCCUGCCAGUUUUCAUCUUGGUCAAGUUUGAACGCACUCGAGCGGGGAAACUGUCGAACUUAACAGCAGGUGUGAUACCGGUCGAACCAGGGAAAGCGACAUACCAUGUGAAGACCACCAUAUCGGGCGGGGCCAGUGUAACGAAGACCAUCCGAAGACGACAGUAUCCAGUUACGGGGGCCUACGCGUUCACCGACUACCGUUCACAGGGACAAACUUUAGGCCGGGUCAUCAUCGACAUAGCCACGCCGCCGUCAGGCGGUCUGAGCCUAUUCAACUUGUACGUAGCGCUGUCGAGGAGCUCAGGCAGGGAAACGAUUCGGUUGCUGCGGGAAUUCGAUGACAAGAUAUUUCGGCAAAGCCACGAUCCAGCACUCCUCGCGGAGGACGACAACCUGGAACGGCUGAACGCGGUAACCAAAGAGUGGUGGAAACGCAUGUCCACGAACCGUACGGAUGUGAAUACGGAGUAAUGUCGACGCAGAUCAAAUGUGCAAAUUGCCCAGAUGUUAUGUGAAUGCUGGACUGCACAUGGACGUCGCCUUAGCUGAGUUACGGCGAAAUACGAAAGACAUCAUCAUAUAUGGACGGCGAAAAUACCGACAAACAAUGGAUCAAAAGCGACGGAAGAAGACGGAAUGGCAAGCGGAGAGAGCCGGCAGCUUUUUGAUCGCGAAUUAUGGUGGUGGAGAUGCCUUGACAAGCAAGGCAAUCAAAUGUGCUCUGCAACUCCCACAACCUGAAAAGCCUCAUGGCCCCAGCUGGGUCGGCUCGGCAGAAUGGGAACACAAAUAGAACCGGAAGUCGUUUCAAUCAAACCGGGGAACGAAACCAAGAUCUGCACGAUGGUUCGCUUGACUCCGUCCAAUCUCCGUAUACGCCGCGAAGACCCAGACCCCGCCCCCUGCUGACACGCAGCAUCAGUCCAGCUCCUUCAACUUACUAUGGCGGACUACGUGAACUUUCCCCGUUGCCUGAGCCUCUUCCUCCCAGCCCAGCAGGACCUCGCGAAUCGAGCGCGGAGGUUGAAUUUCCCGCGAAUCCUCUUCACAAUCUUACAAUCACGCCGUACAUCCCACCACUCAGGAAGGAGAAAAUACGAAAACGAAAGGCUCGACGAGAGCAAGAAAGAAGACUUGGACGCUCCGAACCAAGGUGGCUGCUGAAUAUCCCGGUCAUCUGCAUAUCAGACUCGGACGAUGGAGCACCAAUGAAGAGACCCCGUUUGAGCGGCAUACUCGAUCGACAAUCCCAAUUUGACGAAGUCUUGGUGAUAACCGAUAGCGAGAAUGAACUUGGCCUCGUCGAUCACGUCAAUGUUGUGGAUCCAGACUCGGAUGUAGAGAUCAUCGAACCGUCGCCGGUAGCAUCGCACUCCUAUACGAACGGAUCACCUAUUGGAGCGACGCGAACGUCCCCAUUUGUCGUUGCUGAUGCCGAGCUGACAGCGACCAUCUCAGAGACACGGGACAAUUCACCUCAUGCGCGGUCCGACUCUCCGACUCGACCUCUCCUAUUUAGUGAUCCGGAUUCAAGUUUCCAUGAGGAUGAUGAGCUACUAGCGGAAACACCUCAGUGGUCAGACGACAGGAAGGAGUUGGGCCGAUAUUUCGACGAAGCUUUGGCGCGGCUGGAAACUCUGGAGUGCGCAGAGCUAGUGGCCGAGACCGGUCACGACUUGAUUCCACCUCCCAACAUCCAGCACUCUCCGGAGUUUCCGACGAAUCGUUCUGUCCCGCAUGUCCGUAUUUCUCGACCCUGUGUCAAGAUCCUAUGGCACUGGCAACGACGAUUUCCCCGCGAUGACAGUGGGACGACGUCCAGAGACAGCACACUCGCUCCGCUAGUUGUCCUUUCAAAAGCUGCCCAAGUGAUUGUGGCCACCGUGGAGACGCCAGAUGAAGAUUGUAGCCCAACCGAACUUGCAUACCCAGACUAAUCUCGUUUGUAUCGAUCUUGCCUUGUUUUUUUGCCAUUGCUAUUACUUUGUACUUGUCAUUCCUUACGCCGAGUUGUUCCAAUGUUCCAAUGUCCC